AUGCAAACACAGCGUUUGGGGUUUCCACCAGGAAUCCCCGACAGUGACGGUGGAGGGUUCAUACCCGCUGUGAUGGACAACUCUCAGCCAUGGCUACGAACAGCGAAUCGCGUACUCAUUGGAGUAGGUUUGGCUAUUAACACACCUCUUCUGGUAAUGCGAAUUUACACCAAAAUUCGACUGAUGAGAAGAUUCUGGUGGGACGACGUAUGCUUGAUUCUUGCUUGGAUCUGCUCCGUCGCGACGCAGGCGGUCAUUUUAUAUGGGUUCGAACAUGCAGGAUAUGGCAUCCACGUUUCGCAGCUGCCAUUAUCCGUGCUCAGUACCUAUCGCAAGUGCAUGCUGGCGGCAUCGGUCAUAUACGUCCCCGCGCUCGCCUUUGCGAAGCUCGCCUUGCUUAUGCUCUACUAUCGACUCCUACAAGCGACGCAUCCGCUAUAUGUGUACACCAUUUACGCGGUCGGCUUCGUCAUUGCAGGUUAUAGUAUUGCACUUCCCCUGGCAUUGAUCUUCGGCUGCAGCCCUAUUCAAAAAAGCUGGGACAUCACUAUUGCGGGCUCCUGCAUCAACACAAGCGGAGUCUAUCUCGCGACUGCCAUCACUAACACGAUCAGUGAUGUCACAUUGAUACUGCUCCCGAUCCCCAUUGUAUGGGGUCUCCGUCUAUCCAUCAUUCAAAAGGUCGGAGUGCUCUGUAUGUUUGGUGUUGGAUUCUUAACCACCAGUAUAAGUAUCGUUCGCUUAGCAACGCUGAUGCCUCUGGUCACGUCGCAAGAUCAGACACACGAUAUCGCCCUCGCCGCGGUCUUCAUCAAUAUCGAAGCCAACACCAUUAUCAUAUGCGGCUCUUUCCCCUAUUUACGCCAAUUCCUGCGAUACCAUGCUCCGCGGUGGAUCGAUUAUAGUCUGAACUCGCGACGGAAACAAUCCUCUUCUACAGAGUCGCCAUCAGCUCCAAUGCGCAAGCCAGGUCUCACUCAGCUCCAGGAUGAUAUCGAAAGGGCGAUCAACCACACGGAUGGGAUCACGAGCGUAGAAGGGAGUAUCAAACCGGGGCCCAGAGAAGUGAUAUAGUAUUCGCUCGUGUGUAUAAAAGUAUACGACCUGGCGGGGUUCAAAAGUGCUUCCUGCCAGGGGGUGGGAUUUUUCAUAGCAGAGGGGGCGUUAAUACUUAGAAAAAUAGAUUUUGGGCA